AUGUUGGCUCUUUCUAUUUUGUUCAUCAGAAGAACAUAUUAUAGAACACAUUAUAGAACCUAUAACAACAUUCAGCCCAUUACAGUGUUAGAAUACCCCGAUCAGGCAUCAAAGAUUAUUUGGAGUGUCACGCCAAACAAUAUUUCAAUUUCUUCAUCACAAAUCAAAAAUCUCAUUAAAACAAACAAAAUAUCUGCUGAUUUAGCAUUUCGCUUGAUCGACAUUGCUUCCCAAAUUCGUGUCAAAGAUAUCAAGUUAUUCACAGAUUUUUAUCAACAAUUAUCGAAUGAAUUCUCAUACACACCCAGUCCAAAAUGCCUGAGAUUAGCUACAUUACUAUACUAUAGAGGUUACCAUUUUCCUAAUUUCUCUCCUUCAAUGAAAGAAGAAGAAGUUCUCAACAUUUAUUCAAUAGAUUCACCUUUAUACUAUAUUGCAUGGGACAAAGUUGAUGAUCUCAAGAGCAAAUUCCCAGAUCUAGAUAUAAACAAGAAAAUUGACAACUUGAGUCCACUAGACUGCGCAAUUCAAUAUGGAUCAGAACGUUGCUUCAAUUACCUAUAUUAUAAAGGUGCUUACUAUUCCAGUGAUUCUCAAAAAUAUGCCGUCCAAGGGGGAAACAACAACAUCUUUAUUCAAAUGAUUCAAGAUGGUAAGAGAUUUGAUAAUCUUAUCAACAUUGCAUUAGACUAUCACAAUUUUUACAUAGCAACCUAUCUUAAAUUACAUUUCGGACAAGUUCCUGAUUCAAUCGCAGACUGCUUCUAUUAUGGAAACUUUGAUGUUGCUUCAACUUUACUUUCGAAGGGAGUAGAUGUCGACGAUCGUCAUAUUUUCUUUCAUCUCAAGUCUAUCAUUGUUUAA